GGCAGCCCAGAGCGGAGCGGGGCUGUCCAGGGGAAGGCAGAGCGCGUCCAAGGAGCCGGAGCUGGAGCCGGGGCUCGGCGAGCAGCAGGGGCGCCGGGGAUGACGCUGCUCAGCUGCUCUGCGGCUCCCAUGGGGACGAGAAGACUUUAAGGGAGUUGGGCGCUUGGCUGGAGCGGGGCGAUCACGGACCCGGCGAUUCCUGGCCUCGCCUUGCCUUGUCAUUGAUGGGAAAUCAACUGGAUCGCAUCACCCACCUGAAUUACAGCGAGCUGCCGACCGGAGACCCCUCGGGGAUCGAGAAGGACGAGCUGCGGGUCGGGGUGGCUUACUUCUUCUCGGAUGAGGAGGAGGACCUGGACGAGCGAGGCCAGCCGGACAAGUACAGCGUGAAGGGCUCCAGCAGCCCUGGGCAGGAGACCCCCACCCACCACCACCAGCUGGUGCUGAACGAGACCCAGUUCUCCGCCUUCCGCGGCCAGGAAUGCAUCUUCUCCAAAGUCAGCAGCGGCCCCCAGGCUGGGGACCUGCGCGUCUUCUCGGUCUCGGCCCUGCCUGCCCUCUGCAAGCCGGGAGACCUGCUGGAGCUGCUCUACCUGGGGCCAUCCGACCACCCACCCCCACCCCCGCACUGGGCAGUCUAUGUGGGCAGCGGGCAGAUCAUCCACCUGCACCAGGGCCAGAUCCGCCAGGACAGCUUGUACGAGGCGGGCGCUGGCAACGUGGGCCGGGUGGUGAAUAGCUGGUACCGCUACCGCCCCCUGGUGGCAGAGCUGGUGGUGCAGAACGCCUGCGGGCACCUGGGUUUAAAAAGCGACGAGAUCUGCUGGACUAACUCGGAGAGCUUCGCCGCCUGGUGCCGGUUCGGGAAAAGGGAGUUCAAAGCCGGGGGGGAGCUGCAGGCUGCUGCCGGCACCCAGCACCAGCAGCAAUACUAUCUCAAGAUCCACCUGGCUGAGAACAAGGUGCACACGGUGCGAUUCCACAGCCUGGAGGAUCUAAUAAGGGAGAAGCGCAGGAUCGAUGCCAGUGGCAAACUGCGAGUGAUCAAAGACCUGGCUAUAGUGGAUGGGAAAGAGUAAUGAACAGCGGAGGGACGAGGUGCUCCCUUCUUUCCCUGGCUUGGCAAGAGCUGCCUGCCACAGACAGACCGGGGGCUGCGCUCUCUGGUGGGACGCAAUUUAAACCGGAAUCCAUGGCAACAUUCCAGAAAACCAGCAUUCUUCUUACACCCAUAGCCAGUAUUUGGUUUGGCUUUUAAUAACAUUUAAUGAACGAAGAAAGAGGGGAAGCAAAGAGGGGUAUGUGUGGAAGAGAUUUACAAAGGAUGUGGACAAAGUCUCUCCUGUCCAUCGAUGUUGGCCAUUCUAGCAACAUGCUAAUAAAAUUUCAAAUUGAAA